AUGCCGCUGGCAGCAGAGUUAAUGAUGUUUAUCCUAGUUAUCCUAGUGGCAACAGCAACUCCAACUAUCGGCCAGCACAAUGGCAACUUGGAUAUCUAUGCGAAAGUCUUUGAGCCCGUGCUCAGCCAGCUGGACGGCACCCUGGAGCUGCACUUGAGAGGCCCGCGCGAUGCGGACCAGGACCUUGUGCAGUUCCUACUGAGACAGCAGAAGAGUGCAAUGAGAGUGCAUGUGGGACAGGAUGUGGACGUAUACCAACACUCAGAGGAUGCACUGUAUCACUUCUAUAUCUUUAACCAUGUACACCAAAUGCAGCAGUACCUCAGGCUGUUCAUCAACCCGGGCGGUUUCUAUAUCCUGGCAAUCGAAGGCUUUACAGGGCAGGAGCAAAAGAAUUUGCAGCAACUCAUGGAGGAAAUCUGGCGGCGACAUGGUCACAGUCGAGUCUACUAUGUGCCGCUGGCAGGCCAAGCAGUUCUCCUCUACAAUCCGUUUCUGCAGAGUGUGGUUCCUGCUGAGGAUGAGCAUAGCUUUGAGCGCAUCUACUCGAAUCUCUACGGCUAUCCAUUGCGCGCCUACAUCUUCGAUUCGGUGUAUUCCGCCCUGUUCGGAGAUGGCGAUACCGAACAGGUCCAACGUGUCACAGGGCCAGAUGCCAUUGCGGCGGACACAGUUGCCAAACACCUGAACUUUACGCUGAACUAUGCGUGGCCAGAUGACGAGUUCUUCGGUGGACGGCUGCCCAAUGGUUCGUAUACUGGCGGCGUGGGUCGCGCCCAUCGCCGUGAGCUGGACGUCAUCUUUGCCGGUUUCUUCAUCAAGGAUUAUCUGACGACGCAGAUCCAGUUCACCGCCGCCGUCUACAUGGAUGAUCUGUGCCUCUUCGUGCAGAAGGCCCAGCGCAUUCCAUAGUCCAUAGUGCCCCUCUUUGCCGUACGUGUGGAUGUCUGGCUCUGCUUUUUCGUCGUCGGCUUCGCUUGCACCUUCGUCUGGUGCUGUUUGCGGGCCUUGAAUCUGAGCCUGGGCAUCGAACGCCUGUCCGAUCAGAAGGACAAUUCCCCAAAUGAACGCUACAUUUCCAUUGCCUGGCGCAUCUUCAUUGACACCUGGGUCGUGUGGGUGCGCGUAAAUGUGGGCAAAUUUCCGCCGUACUAUUCAGAGCGUAUUUUCCUGGCUUCCCUGUGCCUGGUGAGCGUGAUUUUCGGAGCACUGCUCGAGUCCAGUCUGGCUACGGCGUAUAUACGACCGCUCUACUAUCGGGAUCCCAAUACGCUGGCCGAGUUGGACGAGCUAAAUUUGCCCAUUUACAUAAAGCAUCCGGCGUUCAGGGAUGAUCUGUUCUAUGGCCACGAUUCGCAGGUCUAUCAGCGGCUAAACAAGAGGAUGAAGCUGGUGGGCGAAGGCGAGGAUCGCUUGAUCAACAUGGCCUCAAAGAUCGGCGGAUUCGCCGGCGUGACACGCGCCGCCAGCCUCGAGCUAACCGACAGACGCUACAUAAUGACCCACAAGGUGCACAAGAUACCCGAAUGCCCCAAGACCUAUCACAUUGGCUACGUGCUGCCGAAGCCGUCGCCCUACAUUCAGGGCAUCAAUAAGGUGCUGCUGCAGAUUCUGGCUGGGGGACUGUUGGAGCACUGGAUAAGCGACAUGAAGGAGCGUGCCAAAUGGAAUAUACACCAAUAUCCGGAGUACCUGGCCGAGCUGGGCGCGGCAAAUUGGAAGGUAUUGACCCUGACGGACGUACAACUGGCUUUCUAUGCCCUGUCAAUUGGCUGCGUGCUCGCUGUAUUCGUUUGGGGUUUCGAGCUGCUCUAUAAAUAAAGAAUCUUG